GCUUACUCACCCAAUCAGAAGCGCUCUGAAAACUUGUCAGAGAAGAUUUUUUUUUUCUUUUUUAGGAUACAGUGUGUGCGUCUCGUACCGUUUUGAUCCAUUUUGUGGCCCCGGGUGGUGCUGGUAAAGCGCGCAGCGGGAGGGCGCAUUGUCUGUAUGCAAACUGGACGGCAUGGCUAUUGUAUGCGUUUGGGCAUAUAUGGAGGCACCGAUGGCUCGGAGGAUACAGCCCGUCUGAAGUCUCAGGAGUGGAGAGACGCCCUCGGCUGUGUUGUGCGCGUUUCUCUCCUCCGACUCUCUCUCGUCACUCACCGCUCUGGUCCGUCGCUAUGAGUUGCCUGGAUGUAAUGUACCACCAAAGCUAUGGGGCGCACUACCUCCCUGCAGCGGCGUACAAGGCGACCUACUAUAACCACCAUCACCAGCAACAACAGAAGAGGCUGAGUGUUUACAGUAAGAUGCAGGAGUGUAUGGAACAGCAGCAGCAGCAGCAAGGAGGAGGAAGAGGGAUGCUCUCCAGGGAUCAGGGCCUCCGGCAGGGUUCUGCAGCACCAGUGACCGACUCAGGCCGUAGAUCCACAUCCAGCUCAGAGCUCAAGGACAGUACUCAACCAGCAGAGGCGGAGUACUUGAGCUCCCGGUGUGUUUUGUUCACCUACUUUCAAGGCGAUAUCGGUGACGUGGUAGAUGAGCACUUCUCCCGCGCUCUCAGCCAGUCCAGCACCUUCAACAGCGAGACCAAACCGAUCAGAGUGACUCAGCCGUCUCCCUCAGCCGCUGCUGGCUUAUGGAAAGAUGGUGCAUCUCUCUCUGAGGGUCAGAGCAGCUCAAUGUGGAACACCACCUAUCCAUCCCAGGCCAGCCCGUGCCUCCCAUCUGUCUCUGUCUCGGUCCACCCGGACUUCUCCUCCAGCCCCGUUUCCUUCAACCACCCAGAUGGAUCUCUGUGGGCCGACCACGUGCUCUCCCAGGCCAGCCUCCCGCCUCCGGCUGCCCUUUCCGAUAGCUGGACCUACAGCCUGAGCCCCCAGAGCACAAGCGGUUACCCCAACGUCCACAACGUCUACCAUCCUCACCCGCACCCCCACAUCCACACCCGGCACCACCACCCCAUGCUUCACUCUUACCCGACCCACAGCCCAGCAUUGGAUCCCAGGUUUAAUCCUCUGCUGCUGCCCGGCGUCAGGAACCAGAACCAGCCGACCACCAGCGCAGGGAGCUCCCCACACAGCGAGGGGGUGAAGACGGAGAUGGACCCUGGCAGCAACAGCCCCGUCACGGCUACCUCUGUCACCUGGACCCCUCCAGCCCUCCAUGGAUCCUUGGAGGUGUAUGACUCAGCUCUCGAUCAGACCAAAGCAAAGACGUCAGUUUGGUUCUAACUGGUGCACUGACAUCAAGACGGAAUAUCAAUCACACCAAAAAGGACCUACUCUGUGGCUCUAUCAAUGUAUGGCUGCAACACCAGCACUGUAAUGUACAAUGUAGAUAAAAGGCUUACUGUAGCAAAGACUGUGAGUCCUGCACUGUCCACACAACUUAUUAUGGAGAUGAACUCAGGCUUUGGACCUAAAUGACGGCGAUCUACUGCUUCUGCUGCAGGUCGAGGCCCUCGAAGAGUGAUAAAAACAGACUACUAGCUUUAAGGAUGGGGGGCCUCUUCUUCUCUGUGGGCACAACACACCAUUUCUUUUUUCAUGCAAUGUGAGACCAAGUGGUUCUGUUUCAAGAGCUUGAUUUUGAUCCACAUUUUUUUGUCUGUUUUUUUUUUUUUUUUUUU